UUUACACACUAGUUGCUGGCGCAACUUUGCCGAGAAAAGAACGAACGUACAGAGCCGUAUUCGAUAAUUGGUGGUUCACGUGGAGUGUUUUAUUUAUUUGUUUAUUUGUCCUGAUCAGACGAACCUUUUCUGUUUGUGUUUGAGGCGUUUGGAUUAUUUUUUGAAGGGGAAGAAGGAUCGCGUUGUUUUCUGAUGAACGAUUCGACGAAGACAUACGACAGAUGAACCGAAAAAAGAAGAAAUGAAAUUUUUGAAAAAGUUUGUGAUAGUGUAGGCAUCAAGAUGAAAUGCAACAAGAAUCUUAUAACACUGAAAUGUGUUCUGUUUUUGUUUUUCGGGGCUUUGGGAAGCCUUUUCCCCUUUUUGCCCAACCAUAUGAAUGGCAUUGGGUUAUCCAGAGACGAGUUCACUAUAAUUUCGAUAGUAGCACCGUUAGUAGCGAUAAUCGGCCCUUUAGUAGCAGCACCGUUAGCUGAUAGAUUAGCAGGAGGAUUUGGAGGAGCGCCAAGGAGCAAGACUGGACGGUACCUCAGGGUGAUGAUAUCAGUAUGUCUGGCUCUAGCAACUAUUCUGUACUGGCUUCUUCUUGCUGUGCCACGCAUUCAACGAAGUCCUCCAAAUGUUACUUUCGUAUGUAACGAAAAUGGUGGUUACAUAUUACAAAACCGCUGCGGACAUGACAGAACGUGUUACAACUGGAACGGUGAAGAAGGUCCAGUUUAUUUAAAAGACUGUGUGUUUACAUGUAACGCAACUACUGAGUAUUUAGGAGAAUCAGAGGACUCUCCUCUAGCCAAAGCUCAAGAGAGUAACGAGCCCACAACUGAAGACUAUAACUAUGACGAUACCAGCGAAAGCAUUGUUGUAAACAAUGAGGCCGAAAUUGAUGUUACAACCACCACGACGACUACCACCCCAGCACCCAACAGCAGAAACCGCAACAACCCAGGCAUCGUACUCAGUCCACACAUGUGUUACAAGAACCAGAAGGACGUAACUGUGUGUGAGGUAUACACAAAAUAUUCAAAGAACGUCGAAUUCAACGUCGGUCUAAAACCAUCCGUAUCAAGUGCAAUAGUUAACGAAACAGACAAUGAUAUUUGCACAUACCCAGUCGCUGAUUACUUCCACUGCAGAAUGCCACAAGAAAUCGUUAAAGACUUGAAAGCUAACGAAGAUCCAAACUGCCAACCGGUUGUUUUAUGUGCAAUUUACGAUCCCUACGAUGUUAACAACACGAAUAGUUUAUUGAAAAAGUCUGAAUGUGGCUAUAAUAAUAUAAGCUUCUGGCUGUAUCUUAUUAUAAGAUCUAUCGCUGAUAUCUUUCCCGCAGCUGCAGUGGCGCUUUUGAGUACGGCUAUAGUGAUAGCCACGAGGGAAACGUCAACAGGAAGAGGCGAUGUGGGUAAACAGCUGGCAGCAGGUGCACUAGGCUUUGCGAUUUUCGCACCUAUUAUUGGAGGGUGCGCCGAUGGAAAUUUACGGGACGCUAUGAUUUGCUUCACGGUGUUGAUGCUUCUUGCCAUUCUAAUUCUAUUGUUUGACAACAAUAUGCCUCUGAGCCCACCUGAGUGGUGGUGGCACACGAGAUGUGGACUACUGGCCCUACCUAUGUCUUCUGUGCGGAAGUACCAAAACGAAAUUAUAUCUCUAGGAAUUGUUCUAUUUAUAUUGGGGAUUCUGUGGAACGCCAUAGAUGCUUACUUGCCAUGGAACGCGGCCACAAUGACUGGCAGCUCAAACUUAAUAAUAGGUCUAACACUAACCAUGGCAGCCAUUCCUGCAGCGGUUCUCUUCACAUUCGCAGAGAAAGUCGUCGAUUACUGCAAUCAUUCAAACAUACUCAUUCUGUGUUUCGUCAGCUACAUCGUUCACUAUGUAGCUUUAGCUAACACCACGGAGGCAUCAAUACUGCUCAUCUUUGAAAUUUUGGAAAUCUUCACUCUUCACCUAAUGUGGAUAACUUCCAUACUUUACUUAAGACACUUGGUUCCAAGGAAAUUCACUGCCUGUGGACAAGCACUGCCAGUUAUUGCUCACUUUUGCUUAGGUCGUUGUUUCGGGGCUCUGAUUGGAAGGUGCGCCUAUACGUUGUACCCCGAAAAAGUGAAGUACCCAGAUAACCACGGUCCAGUAUAUGCUGGUUUCGCAAUCGCAGCUGCUAUCAUCGCCGCUGUGUAUUUCGCUGUUUACCACCUUUAUUUGAAGCCGUACUAUCCAGAGCGUCUUCAGGUCCCACCCUAUCCAGCACCAUCCGUCGUGCAAAGUAUGAACGGAAAUGGUUCUUAUACACCUCUAAGGGUCUACCAUAACGGACGAGCUAAGAAAGGGCACUUUAGGUAUUAGCUAUUUAUUAUCAAACUCGUAUUUUAGAUUCUCUGUAAACAUAAAGCUUUACGUAUGUAUCGUAAGAAUACUUACACCACGAGUAAAUAUCAAAAUCUGUGGAAUCGUGGAUGUCGGGUUGAUGUUUACUCUAUUUUGUACAUUUUGCAGCUUUAAUAAUAUAUUGAUAAAUGUUUUAUAAUUAAAUUAUACUGUACGUACAUUGUGCUUGAUUUGCUGUUGUUGAUUUUAAUUAUUUUGAGUUUUAUAACUUGUUUUAUAUUACAUUACGGUUUUACGACAUAUUCCCAAUUUGUAUAGACGGAUAUUUUUUUAAGAAAUUAAUAAAUUGUAAAAUUAU